UCUUUGUAGAAAGGCGAGCAAGGCGGCUUCUAGGAAGGAGCGACAAGAGGGGAGAGGGACCAGGAGCAGGACGGGCCUGGGGCUGCGCUUCAAGCCAGGAGGGAAGACGUCCGGGGCAAAAAGAAAACACCUCCUCAGGGAAGAAAGGGGCCAAGAGAGGAGGAGAGAGACUGAAAGGAAGAAUCCAGCGUUUGCAGUCCACUUAAUAAAAAAAAUAAUAAUAAUAGAGGUUGGGAAGUAACAGGAGCAGCUCGGCCUUGUUGACCGUGGCUUGGGUCUCCCUCCUUCUUGUGUGUGUGUGUGUUUUACUGUGGAGGAGGAGGAAGAGAAGGAGGAGGGAGCUCCUGGAAAAGUUGGGCAGCCAGAAGUAGCCAGAGAGGGGAGAGAGGUGAGCUGGUUGGUUAGUGCAAGCAGCAGCAGCAGUGGCAGCAACUGAGCAGGAGCCUGUGGCCCGGGGAAGUAGGGAUCAGCUUCGAUCGCUGCCCACGCCACGGGGGAGGAGAAGGGGGAGGGGGAGAGCCGGAGGGGAGGGAACCCGGCUCAACCACCUUAAAGUAGCCCGCCCGUCCCUGGCACGUCUCGGGUUCUCUCCCGGCACGCACACACUCACACGGCCACGCAUAUAUACAAACACGCACGCACGUGGGCGCUUGUCGCCUCCGGUCACUGUUGGACGCCAGGCUCUCGGCAAAAGCGGGGAGCUGCGUGCUGUCUCUGGGAGGAGGAGAAGGAGGGGGCAUCCCCCUGGACGGCAUUUCCUCCGACUGCCAGCCAGUGCCAUCUCAGUUUGGGAGCGUGGGAGCUUGUGGGAAGCAGAGAUCCGAAUCUCGGAAGCCCGCAGUUGAAGUGGUGGCCCAUUGCCUCUCUUCCUCCUUCCCUCUCCACGCCACUCCUUCAGCUCUCUAAGAAACUUUUGUAUUGAUGUGACUGUUAUUUUUCUUUCUUUCGGGGUUUUAUUACCAGUGUUUCCUUGGAGGGGGGUAAGGGGGGAAGCGCAGCCGUCUUUGCUGUUUGCAAUCUAUUUGCCGUGGUGGUAGCAACCUGCUUGUCAAAAACAACCCUUGCAACCUGUUGCAUGUUCUUUUUUUCAAAACGCUCGUCAACCUGUUGCAGUUUUUAAUAGAAAGCGAUUGCCGGGUUGAGGUCGCUGCUUCUGCUGCAAUGUCGAAUCUUCACCCGUGAUUUGCGACCCAAAAUCCUAGCAGUUUGGAGGCUAGCAAUCCGGGGCAAGCUACUGUUUGGACCAGCGAUCUGUUGCAUUUCUCUCUCUCUCCAUUAAAAAUUAUAUAUAUAUAUAUAUAUAUAUAUAUAUAAAAACUCACACGUCCACUCAAGCAACAAGACGCGGGAAGGGGGAAAUCCCGUCACUUUUUUGGAGGGGAGAAGGUGAAGAUUGAAAAGAAGCGUGCUUUUGUUCUGACUUCCCCCUCCUAAAAUUUCCAAAAAUGAAUUGCUAUCUCGUGACUGUCUUCCUCACCUUGGAUCUGGCCACCGUGGCCUUCACCCUGUCGACCUGCAGCACCCUCGAUAUGGAUCAGUUUAUGCGUAAGAGGAUCGAAGCUAUUCGGGGGCAGAUCCUGAGCAAACUGAAACUCACCAGCCCUCCGGAAGAGUACCCGGAGCCCGAGGAGGUUCCUCCGGAGGUCAUCUCGAUCUACAACAGCACCAGGGACCUGCUGCAGGAGAAAGCGAACCACAGAGCAGCUACUUGCGAAAAAGAAAGGAGCGAGGAGGAAUAUUACGCCAAAGAGGUCUACAAAGUAGACAUGCUGUCUAAUUUCCACACCGCAAAUCUCAUCUCAACAAACAACCCCAUCCCCUAUUUUAGACGAGUGAGAUUUGAUGUCUCGGCAAUGGAAAAAAAUGCCUCCAACUUGGUGAAGGCAGAGUUUAGAGUUUUUCGCUUGCAGAAUCCAAAGGCUCGUGUCUCGGAACAACGGAUAGAACUGUAUCAGGUUCUUAGAAGCAAAGAUCUAACAUCACCUAUGCAACGCUACAUUGAUAGCAAGGUAGUUAAAACAAGAGCUGAAGGCGAAUGGCUAUCUUUCGAUGUAACUGAUGCAGUACAUGAAUGGCUCCACCACAGAGACAGGAAUCUUGGAUUUAAGAUAAGUUUACAUUGUCCAUGCUGCACGUUCGUGCCUUCAAAUAAUUAUAUCAUCCCGAAUAAAAGUGAAGAGCUAGAGGCAAGAUUUGCAGGUAUUGAUGACUACUACACAUAUCCCAGUGGUGAGAAAUCUUUAAAGCCCAAUAGGAAAAAAAACAGUGGGAAGACCCCACAUCUUCUGCUAAUGUUAUUACCCUCCUACAGACUUGAGUCGCAACAGUCCAGUCGGCGGAAGAAGCGUGCUCUAGAUGCUGCCUAUUGUUUUAGGAAUGUGCAAGAUAACUGCUGCCUGCGCCCAUUUUAUAUUGACUUCAAGAGAGAUCUUGGAUGGAAAUGGAUACAUGAACCUAAAGGAUACCAUGCAAAUUUCUGUGCAGGAGCUUGUCCCUAUUUAUGGAGCUCAGAUACUCAGCACAGUAGAGUACUCAGCUUGUAUAACACUAUCAAUCCAGAAGCAUCUGCCUCUCCAUGCUGUGUAUCCCAGGAUCUAGAACCCCUCACAAUUUUGUAUUACAUUGGAAAAACGCCCAAAAUUGAACAGCUUUCAAACAUGAUUGUAAAGUCUUGUAAAUGCAGCUAAGGGAUACUCCGGAGCAGCACAGCAAGUGGCUAUUUUUUUUUCCCCAGAAAAGAAAGGAAGAAAGCAAAACGUAUAAAGAAGAAGAAACAAAAACACAUAGGAUCAACAGUGAUUUUUUUUUUUUAAGGAGAAAUAAGCGGUACUAGUCUGAAUCGUUUGAGAGCUUGUUUCAUUAUUUUGUGUUUUGUUUUGUCUUUAAAACCGUGCAGGCCUUAUCCUACAUUACAACUACUUGGUUAGUGAGAUAGACAAGAAGCAUUUUUUUUAAAAAAAAAGCAAAAAAAAAAUUAACAAGAAAGAAAAGAAAAACGUUUUAAAAAAUAAACACUGGAAAAAUUUGAUAGAGUUCUUAUGUGAAAGGGAAAAACAGGAAAAAAAUCCCAUUAAGUGGAGUUGCUGUAUCUGUUCCGUGGCUUACUUGACCUCCGUGUUAUGCCAUAGAUGCCCUACUCAUUCCCUGUAGUUCUUAGAAUUAACAGCGAUUUAUUUAUUUUGUGUAAUACGAUCAAAUGAGAGCAUGUCAUGGCCAUGGGGGGGGAGGGGGGGAGAAAAAAGAUGCAAAGGUGCAGACCAAAUAAAUUGCUAGAAAUGUGUUUUAAUGCCUAGUGAACCUGAGCUCAACAACAACAAAAAUCCUGAAAACUGAUUUGUUUAGCUCAAUUAAAACAGUAAUCUGCUGUUUUUAAGAAAGUCAGCCUUAAAAUUAAAAAAAGCCACAUAUACCAUGUUUUUUCUUGCCAAGAGUCUAGGAGGGCUUUAUAUAAAGCCUCAUGCCAUUGCUUUUAAUACCAAAAAGCUUAACAGUACAGGACAUUUUUGUUUCAGUCUCAAAUACAAGUCUAUUAAAAUGUAAAACACACACACACACACAGAGUAACAACUGUAAAUGAAUAAAUUGUCCAUUUAGUAAACCGGUGAAAUACAUAACAUGCACUGGUCUCAUCUUCAGACCCUAAUAUGUUGCUGUAUAGUUUCUGUAGGUCUGGGGAACUUUUGGCCCUUCAGACAUUGCUGAACUACAACUCCCAUGAGCUCCAGCAAGCAUAGCCAGUGGUCAGGGGAUGGUAGGAGUUGUGGUUCAGCAACUUCUAGAGGGCCAAAGUCCUCCACACCUGAGUUAUUGCUUUGGGAUUGUUUGUUUGGGGUUUUUUGUAUAUGUAACCAUACCUAUAGCAUUACAAUAGGUGGGUAGUAAAAAGCCAGCUUAAUUGGAAACAUAUCUGUAGAUCUCUAUUGUAAACUAUUAAAAAAUUAAGUACUUUAUGUGUAACGUGUAAAUUUUCACCAUAUUUUUGUAUUCUGUUAAUACUGUCAACUCUAAAGAGUUUGAAUUUGGGGGCUCUUGUUGAUCACUCAGAAUCAUGUGUUCCCUCUAGCUGGCCAGUAUGAGUGAAAUCCCUGUUUUUCAACUUGCACUACAAAUACAUGUGAUAUAAUAUUUGCUAUACAUAUGCUUUGUAUGUUGUUUUUCAUCAUGAUGAUAUAAGUUGCCUGACUCCAUUUUUUGUUUCAUUUUUACAAAAGAAAAGAAAAAGGUAGAUUAAAAUAUUGUUUUAUAUAAAAAAUAGGCCCCUCAUUCCUACAUUUGAAAACAAAAUGCUUCAAAAACACCUAUUUCAGGGUUGGGUGAUGGGAUGGAAAUUAAACAGGAGACAGUAUUUCAGAUGGCAGGGAUGCAAUAGAAGCAAAUGCUUAGCCCUCCUGUGCCUUAGGUCUCCUCACUGAUUUGCAUUUGGAGGUCAUAUAUUGGUCUGAUCAAGUUGUAAUUGCAAAUUAUUUGUCAGAAGACACAUCAACCAGUUCAGAUGAGCAUUGCGACAGUGCUGGGGAUGUGCAUGCAGCCACGUAUCUCCAUCAGCAAUAUGUGGGAAAGGCCACUUAACAUGGGCAGCCUCACUUCUUCCAUGGGACAUGUGUAGGGGGUGGAUUACUUUCUGUCACAUUUAAUUUCAUGAAAAGGCACUGGGACACCCCCCCCCCCAUCAAGAGGAAAGGGGGAGGGAAAUAACAUACUGCAGCUCCAUUCCAAUACAGCAUGCAUAGGAUUUGAAUCCUGACUCAACCAGGACACUCAUUGGGUGACCUUGGGCCAGUCACCUUCUAUGAACCUAGCCUACCUCACAAGGUUUUUGCAAGGAUCAAAUGAGGGGGAGAGCCGUAUAUGCCGCCUAGAGCCCCUUGCAAGAAAGGUGGGACUUACACAUAAUGAUAAAUAGGUGAAUAAUAAAAGCAUUCAAUUUUUGCAAUCCCAGAAAUCAGCUGUUUGUAAAAUGGCCAGGUGUCCUACCUUACAGAGGACAGUCUGCAAUUUGAAGGGCUAUUGGGACAGUCCUAUAUUUGAAGGAAUCCUCUAUUGAGGUUGUCCAGGCCAAGUUCAGCUUACAGAUAAGAAGGGAGAACAGGAGCCUUAAAGACACUCAUCAACACUUAGCAAAACCUGAACAGCAAACUGAUGGCAGUGGUCUCCAUUAUUAGUGAUAUGUAUUGUAUUGCUGCUUAAUUUGUAGAAAUCAUUUCCUGAUUUUGCAUCUAGACAUAAAGCAGCACAUCCAAAAUCUAUGCAAAUCUGUGUCCUAUUUUUUGCUGAUAUGCAAGUGGCCAAUCUAGCUGUUUGAUGGGGAGAGGGAAGGAACAUACCUCCUGCUCCCUGACAGACAAAUUGGCAUGAGUUCAUUUUUUUUUAAUGUAUAUAUGCAUGGAACCCUGGCAGCUGGGUCAACUGAGGAAUUGCAUGCACAUUAUGCAACUGUGCUCACAUUUCCCCUUACAGCAGAAACCCUGCUUCUCUGUACAUGUGGCCCCAGCUAGAUUUGAGUAUGCCUGUCCAAUCUAAAAUAUCCUGGAUGUGUUUUUUAAAAAUAAAAUAAAAUAAACACAAUUUCUUCUUUA